AUGACCAAAUCUGACCCCCAACAUCCCAUCGACCUCAAAAGAGGACCAUCUUUCGACGAUGAUUUCUCUGCGCACGGCAAGUUGGCCAACAGAAGCCAAGGACUACUAUCGCCUCGCACAGCAAAGGACGAGCACUCCUCGGAUCCGAUCACCUUGACGCCGACGUCCCUAUCUACCCGCGAAGCCCGCCAAGUUAUAGCAGCUUUCCCGACUUCUCCAAGCAAUCCCUUGAACUGGAGUGGAAAGAAAAAGUGGGCCAUUACAGCGACACUUGCCCUGACAGGAUUCAUCUCCACCGCAGGGAGCUCGGUGGGCGUUCCGGGAAUGCAUUCGGUGAUGGAAGAGUUUGGGGUGAAGAAUGAAAAGAUCGGGGUCCUGAUAUCGAGUGCCUAUGUUUUGGGCUUGGGCUUUGGCCCGUUUGUAUUCGCUCCAAUAUCAGAGCUGUAUGGACGUCAAGUGGCCUACUUCUCCAGUCAGUUUCUGUACGUUAUCUUCUCCUUGGGGACAGGCUUCUCUAAAAACAUGCCCACUCUGAUCAUCCUUCGUUUCCUUUGUGGGUGCUGGGGAUCCCCUCCGCCCUCUCUGGGAGUCGCAACUUGUGCAGAUAUAUUUGCGCCUCAUGAGAGGGGCAAACCCAUCUCUCUAUACGCCCUAGGACCCAUGGGCGGGCCCGUGAUCGGCAAUAUGGUCGGAUACUGGUUGCUCUUCGGUGGUUGGAGAUGGGCGUACUACUUCAUAACCAUACUCUCCGCACUCAACCUGACACUGUUGUGUCUGAUACUGCGUGAGACGUAUGCGCCGGCCACUCAAAAGAUUCUUACGCAUCGUGCUACGCAUCCCCCAGCUCCGUCAUCGAGGUUUGGUCGAUAUGUCCCUGUCCUCUCCUGGAUGCCAGCUAUGGUAUCGAGAGCAGAUGCCAAGGCCGUAUACGGCAGAGCGUUCUCUCGCCCUCCAAGGCUUCUCUUCACCAAUCCUGUCGCCUUCGGAUUCUCGAUGUAUUACGGAUAUGUUUACGGUAUAAUCUACCUCUUCAUAAUAGGACUUCCUUUACUCUAUGGAAAAGCGCCCUAUAAGCAAGACAACCUCUUCUCUUAUCAAUGGCCACUCGGUACCAUGGGACUUGCCUAUAUAUCUCUUGGGCUGGGUUUUCUGAUAGCUGCAGCUGUCACGUCCACUUUCCAGGAUAGGAUCUACAAGCAUCUCUCAAAGGUCAAUGGCGACAAGGGUCAGCCAGAGUAUCGACUUGUGAUGACCCAGAUUGGAAUGUGUGUGAUGCCCCUUGGGCUGUUCGUCUUUGCUUGGACGGCGAACGCAGAGGUCCACUGGAUAGCACCCUGUAUUGGACAAGCCAUCACCGGUCUGGGGCUCAUGUUGGCAUUCAACACCCUCCAAAACUUCUUUGUUGAUGCUUUCUAUCCUUACUCGGGGGCCGCCAUCGCGGGCGCUACGGCUACACGUUCAGUAAUGGCCUGCGUCCUACCGGUAUUUGUACCGGAGAUGUUCUCCAAGCUUGGAUGGGGAUGGGGAGGCACUCUCAUCGCCUGUGUCGCCCUUGUAGGUGUGCCCGGGCCGAUCGUUAUGUUCUUCAGAGGACAGAGAUUGCGAGAACGAUUUGCGUUCCAGGGAUGA